AUGAUUAUAAGGAAAAAGACGAAUAAAUGGGUUGUGACAGUGGUCAUCGAAGAACAUAACCAUAUCCUUGUAUCUCCGAAGAAGAGGCAUAAACUUAUAUCUCAAAGACACAUUAGUGAAGAUCAUGAAAAGAUUAUUGAUAACAUAAGAUUGGCAGGAAUCAAGACAAAUCUUGUGAUGAAUUUUUUCGGUCUCGAAUCCGGAGGAGUUCAAAAUAUUGGGUUUACAACAAAAGAUGUUAGAAAUUAUUUAAGUGUGAAGAGAUCAUUAGAGCUCAAAAAUGGAGAUGCACAAGCUGUACUCGACUACUUUGAGCACCAACAAGCAGAUAACCCAUCGUUCUUCUAUUAUAUCCAAGUUGACUCAGAAGGCCAGAUGACAAAUUUCUUUUGGGCUGAUGCCAAAUCACGAAUGGAUUAUUUUCACUUUGGUGAUGUUGUGUGUUUCGAUCCUACUUACUGUACAAACAGGUACGGCAUGCCAUUUGUUCCUAUUGUAGGAAUCAAUCAUCAUUACCAAACUAUUUUGUUUGGCGGUGCCUUACUUCAUAAGGAAACAAAAGAAUCGUUCGAUUGGGUUAGAAAAACGUGGAUGAGGGCAAUGCAUGCGGCUAAGCAUUUAUCUCACAUUAUUAAUGCACAUGCUGAUUUUACUUCUGAUUUUAAUAAAUGUUUAUAUGGUAAUGAGACAAUUGAGGAGUUUGAAUCUGCUUGGGCAUCGAUGCUUAGAACAUAUGAAUUAGAGGAUAACAAAUGGUUGCUGGAUUUGUACAAAAGAAAAGAAAAGUGGGCAUCAGUUUAUACACGCGAUAUAUUUUGUGCGGAUAUGUAUACAACUCAGAGAAGCGAAAGUAUAAAUGCGUAUUUUAAUCAUUUUAUGAAAAGAGAUAUGCCACUAUGUGAGUUCAUUAGGCAAUUUGACAGGGCAAUAUUAGCUAGACGAGAAGCUGAAAACGAUCAAGAUUACGAAACGAAAUAUAGAAAACCCAUGUUAAAGUUUUCCGUGAAUAUUUACACAAAGUCAGUCUUCCGCAAGUUCCAAGAACAACUAGCUCAAGAACUUCACUAUAAUCAUGAUCAAGUUGAACAAAAUGGGACAAAAUUCACUUUUCGUGUUUGGUGGUUUGGGCACGAGAAGAAAAACCGAAAAGUUGUAUACGAUUCUGAUGACAAGGGCGUCAAAUGUAGUUGCCAGUUAUAUGAGUUUGCGGGCUACCUUUGUAGACAUAUCUUAAAGAUUUUCUCUGUUAUGAAUGUUCAAGGUGAAGAAAUUACAAAUAUCUGUCGUGAUAGUACUAGUGUUCAAUACAGUUACCUUUGUCAAGAAGCUAUUAACAUUGUGAUUAAAGGUUCAACAACCACUGAAAUAUACAAUGUGACAAAGUGCAUUCUUGAUAAAGCACUGAAAGAAGUUGACGAUGCUAUGAGAAAUUUGUCGAUUAAGUCUAAGGAUCAGACCAUGCAAACAAGAGACGAAGAAUGUCUAGAGAAUACAUCCAUGGCUAAAAAGCAGUUGAUACGUGAUCCCACUAUCGCCAAAACUAAAGGAAGGACAGGUAGGAUGAAGGCGUGUAUUGAUAAACGAGUUAACAAGAAGCAAAAAGCCACCAGUCCAGCUACAGAUAAAACAUCAAAAUCUUCUGCUAGGGAGGAAACAAACUUAGCUAGAAGUUUUGUGGGCCGAAGUUAUGAGCAUUAUUGGUUUUAG